AUGAAAGAUGAGUUGAUGCCAUUGAUUCCCAGAUGGGUUUCAGCUAAAUUAGAAGUUGGCAGUAAAAGUAAGGAGAGCAGCUCGAAUUAUGCUGUUUUGGGUUUGGUUUCUAACCAAGAUCACAUGGAGGAAAUGAACUUGUUGCCGUUUGAUUUGUGGCUGAAUGGUUUUGAAUUAGUUAGAAAUGUGGAUGGAUGUUUGUCUGUAUCUCAAAUGUACCAUCAAUCACUUGCUUUGCGUGUGCACAAUUGGGAACUAGAGAUGUUUGAGGAAUUCAAGGAUUUGCGACGUAUAUGGAACCAGAUUAAUUCAACUCCCAACGUGCAGAGUUUCGUACCAAGUGAAACAUAUGAUAGUGUAUUUAGACCUGUUCCGGAUCGUACUUAUGGUCUUUCACCCAUUCAACGGGAAGAGACAUGGGCUAAAGAACCUAUUGUGAGUAGUAGCGGAAAACGUGUUAACAUAAAGAAACUCUUUAGACAAUAUGAGUGGUUGGAAGAAGAGGGAGCAACGGAAGAGACUCUUCAAGCAAUUUCUAGGGCCAUACAUAUGGAGGUUAACCGCCGUGUGGAUAAUGGAGAAGAUCCCCAAGAAGAAGAUUCCGAGGAUGAUGAACCCUUGGAAAAUGUUGAUAAUGAUGGUGAUGCUAGCUCAACUCAUGAUUCUAAUGAUCAUUCUCCUAUUCAAAAGGAAGAAGUCUAGAAACACUACAAUUAUUGAUGGUAAGACUUAUGUUGUGUAUGAGAGCGAUGAUGAUUAUGACUUCUUUGUGAAUAGCACCCCUAAUUCAGAGAUUGUUAAUACUUUGAAUGAGAAGUCAACUUGAGACGAAGCACAUAAGGAUUACGAUAAUUUGCUUAUUGAAGAUUCUGAUUUCUUUUCCGAUGAGGAGGACUUGGAUAUAGAAGAAACUGAUGAAGAAUGACUCGUAAAGAGUUUGAAUGAGAAUUGUGAUAGUUGUGAUGUAGGAGAAUCAAUGGACUUUUUCAGAAGUACUGAGGAUCCCGUAAUGCGUGAGAUUAUGCGAGGUUUGUCUAACCCUUUACAUGAAUCUCCAUCUAAUGAUGAUCCUCCCAAACUAGAAGUAGCUUCCCAAAGAGUUGUUAAUCCAUCUUUUCGGAAAAUACCUCAUUUGGGGCUAGAAUUGAAUGCUUCAAAAGUUCUUUCCUGAUUUCUUGCUUCCAAGUAUCCACCAUAUGUGUUUGAGUCUAACACCAUGCAGGUUUGCCAAGAGGAAUGAAUAGAAGUGCCUUCCACUGAUGUUUUGUAUACACUUUCGAGUGUAGAAAGAACUAAGUGUGGGGGUGACUCUCGUGGGAUGAUAGUUUUAUUUUACCCACAAUUUGCUAAUAUUCUUGUGAGGGUUUUGCUAUAUACGCAGAUUGUUUUGUGGGUGGAUCCUCAAAUUUUCAGAUUGUUGAUAUAUGGGGAGUCUAUUUUGAAUGUUUCUCGUAUGCGUCAAUCAGGUGA